ACGUGAACGCUCUGUCACAUGACCGCGCCUAAGGGCUUCGUAUAGAGAGUGUGAUAGGACGUGUUUGGAUUGGGGAAAAAGGUGGGCGGUGGGGCAGAAUGGCGGCCCACCUGUCCUACGGGCGAGUGAACUUGAACGUGCUGCGCGAGGCGGUGCGUCGGGAGCUGCGCGAGUUCCUGGACAAGUGCGCGGGAAGCAAGGCGAUAGUUUGGGAUGAGUACCUCACAGGGCCGUUUGGUCUGAUUGCACAGUACUCACUACUGAAGGAACAUGAGGUGGAAAAAAUGUUCACACUUAAAAGAGGUCGUUUGCCAGCAGCCGAUGUCAAGAAUAUUAUUUUUUUUGUCAGACCCAGGCUAGAAUUGAUGGAUAUAAUUGCUGAUAAUGUGCUCAGCGAAGACAGACGUGGCCCAGCCAGAGACUUCCAUAUUUUGUUUGUGCCACGCCGUAGCUUAUUGUGCGAACAGCGGCUGAAGGACCUGGGUGUUUUGGGCUCCUUUAUUCACAGGGAGGAGUACAGCCUAGAUCUCAUUCCAUUCGAUGGGGAUCUCUUAUCCAUGGAGUCGGAGGGCGCGUUCAAAGAGUGCUACCUGGAGAGCGACCAGACCAGCCUCUACCACGCAGCCAAGGGGCUGAUGACCCUGCAGGCCUUAUACGGGACAGUCCCCCAGAUCUUCGGGAAAGGAGAGUGCGCCCGGCAAGUGGCCAAUAUGAUGAUUAGGAUGAAGAGAGAGUUUACAGGAAGCCAGAAUUCAGUAUUUCCGGUUUUUGAUAAUCUCUUGUUGCUUGAUCGAAACGUGGAUUUAUUAACGCCUCUUGCCACUCAGCUCACGUAUGAAGGACUCAUUGAUGAAAUUUACGGCAUUCAGAACAGUUACGUGAAGUUGCCCCCAGAGAAAUUCGUGCCCAAGAAACAGGGUGAUGGGGGGAAGGAUCUCCCCACGGAAGCCAAGAAGCUCCAGCUGAACUCGGCCGAGGAGCUCUAUGCUGAGAUCCGGGACAAGAACUUCAACGCAGUGGGCUCCGUGCUCAGCAAGAAAGCCAAGGUGAUCUCGGCGGCAUUUGAGGAAAGGCACAACGCUAAGACAGUGGGGGAGAUCAAGCAGUUCGUUUCCCAGUUGCCCCAUAUGCAGGCGGCGAGGGGCUCCCUUGCGAACCACACCUCGAUUGCAGAGCUGAUCAAAGAUGUCACCACUUCCGAAGACUUCUUUGAUAAAUUAACAGUGGAGCAGGAGUUUAUGUCUGGAAUAGACACUGAUAAGGUCAACAGUUACAUCGAGGAUUGUAUUGCCCAAAAGCAUCCGCUCAUCAAGGUGUUAAGACUAAUUUGCCUCCAAUCCGUAUGCAAUAGUGGACUCAAACAAAAAGUUUUGGAUUAUUACAAAAGAGAAAUUCUCCAGACAUAUGGCUAUGAGCACAUAUUGACCUUACACAACCUGGAGAAGGCCGGCCUGCUCAAACCGCAGACGGGGGGCAGAAACAACUACCCAACGAUCAGGAAGACACUGCGCCUCUGGAUGGAUGAUGUAAACGAGCAGAAUCCCACGGACAUAUCCUACGUCUACAGCGGCUACGCGCCGCUCAGCGUGCGGCUGGCCCAGCUACUGUCGCGGCCUGGCUGGCGGAGCAUCGAGGAAGUCCUCCGCAUGCUCCCGGGGCCACACUUCGAAGAGCGACAGCCGUUGCCCACGGGACUGCAAAAGAAACGUCAACCGGGAGAAAACCGAGUCACCCUGAUAUUUUUCCUCGGGGGUGUAACCUUUGCUGAGAUCGCUGCCCUGCGGUUCCUCUCUCAGCUGGAGGACGGAGGCACAGAGUAUGUCAUCGCCACCACUAAACUCAUGAACGGGGCCAGCUGGCUGGAGUCUCUGAUGGAAAAGACUUUCUAGGGCGUUCAGAGUGGACUUAACGAGCGGACUGCAGAAUAAACGGCCCCUUGGAAGAAGUUGCCGGAGGGAGUGCAACCCCGUAAAGGAAUAACACAGGAAUACAGAAUUUACUUCAGGAGCAGCUUCUUAAAUUAUGCUGAUUUCUCCUUUCUGCUUCUCUCGUGUGUUCCAAAUUUCUUCAAGAAAGAAGAAUGGAGAAUCAACCCGGGUCAAAGAAACACCAGUUGUUCAUGUUCUAAGCUCAGGAUCUUCAUUAGAGACCUCUGGGAACAUGUUAAGGAUGGUGGGGAUGGAUAAACUAUACAGCCUCACUAACGGGGCCGGUUCUUAAAGUAAGAAAGCCGGGACCAAGCAGGUAAGCAUGAAAACCGAAGUGGAAAGUCCAACUCCUGAUAAGUAGAGCUCAGUUUCUUGAAAGCGCAACGUGCCUGGGGCAAUUCUAGCUGUUGGGGGCUAGAGCUACUAUCACCGGGUGGAGAUGGCUUUUUAUGAGUAUGGCACAUUAUAUUCGUUGUCACCAAUCUCUGUUUUGAUUCCUUUCACUUUUGAUUUCUCGGCUUUUAUAAAGCAAGAGGUCUGAGGAGCUGCUUUUCCCAUAACGAAGUUUAUGGUCUGUCUGAUCAGCUACAUCUGUGUGGGUCCCAGACUUAUCAAGGGCUUUUGACAUGGAAGAAGGUAAUAACUGGGGAGCAGCUUCCUGAGAAUUUAACCAUUCAGAGACGCUUUCUUAGCGUACCUGUUAUUAACUCCAAGGCAUUUCAGUGGUAGCUGCCUCCAUGGUGGUCUCAAUCUUCCUUCCCAUCGUGGGCCCACCGUGCGCUUCGGCACCUGCCGCUUCAACAUGUUGCAACUCCAUCUCUCUGGUGCCUGUCACAUGUACUUCUCUAGCAGUCUGUGGCCACUCUCUACUCAACCACUUGCAUUUCCUUUGCUUGAAAACACCUAGCUCCGUUUCAGUCCCUAGUCUGGUGACCUUGGCCUCCCUCUGGCACAGCCUGCUAUGGUCUUGGAGUCCAGCAGGCACAGCUGCUACUCGUCCUGCAGGAGACUGCUAGGCUGUGGGAGAGGGGUGGGGUGUCGGUGGAGAAGUCGGAAGUCUCCCGCCUGCUCCGCCCCAGUGUCUGGAGGAGUUGAAGCCGAGGAGGGGACCAAGUUGAUGGCUUCAUAGCCCUUGCCCACGACUCCAGCAAAAUUAGCUUGUCCUCCUCUUUGCCAGGGGACCAGAAUCGGCAUGCCUCCCUACGUGUGGUUUCCAUUGUUAAUUAGUAACUGUACAUGUUUUUCCUCACUUCUUUUUAUUAGUUGAAUUCUGUUAGGCACAUUGCACGUUAUGAAAGAGAAAUUCUGUAUUUUAAAAAAAGUCUCUUUCUUAUAAGAAUCAGGGAUAGAAGAGGUAGUUUUUAAAAGAUUUGCUCCCCGUGGAUUUAAUUUGGCUUCAAUGGUCAGUAUUUGGAAAUGGGCUUAACAAAAAAAACGAUUCCUGUUUUAGAAAAUCGUUUUUCAGACCCUUGUUAUCCCAGGGAGAUUAAUUUAUACCUUUCAGCCCUAGCAGUUGUCAGCCUCAGUCACCUUAGAGGAUGAAAUGUACCUUGUCCCUCAAUGUUUUUGCCUCAUGGGAUUUGGGAAUUCAAGUCCAGUCAAGUCUCCUUGGUUGGGUUUUUUGUCCCAUGAACAGAUACUCAGCUGUGUCUCCUGUCUGCAUUCACUCAUGACUCUAUAUUUGCCUCUUCAGAGCAUAGCUAGGUCAGCUCCUAAAAACGCAUUCCACAGAAGACUUAAAAACAUCACUUGCCUCAUUUGUAUGCAAGUGGAAAGUGGUGAAUAAUUAUAUAUUAUACGCCUUUGUGUCAGUUCAUUUAAUACUUGAAGCAGUCUUUAUCUCAAAGGAGUAUGCCCUUACUGAGAAAGGGUAUGUGAAUGGUACAUUUAUUCCUGGAGAGGGUAGAUUGUUUACACCAUGUUGGACUUUUGUCUGUUUGGGUAGACAGUUCUGCUACACCAGGAGUCCCCUUAAAAAGGAGUCUACAUACAUAAAGAAGUCUAUGUAGGCACUGUUUUGUGUCUUACUAUACACCUUUGAAUUUUAGCUAACAGAGAAAUAAGUAUUUGAACUAUAGUUUCACUGUGGAGCAAGACAGUAACGGUUUAAAGGAGGCGGAUUAAAAACAGUGCAUUUAAUUCUUGGAGAGAACUGGGAAUGGAAAUCUCCAUGGGACUUCUAGUCUAUUCUAGCUCUGCCCUCACUGGAAAGGAAUUGUGAUUGGUCAUGGCAUGCCAGUUUGUCUCUUGUUCUCAGUUGUACAUUAGAGACUUGGAUUCAAGAAGAAAUAUUUUUUAAAGUACUAAAAUGAUCAAAAUGUCUACAGACAGGAAGAGGGGCUCUGAUAGAAAUGGCAAGGCAUAGAAAUACAGACAUCACAUAGACUGAAUUUUGAACAGAUUGAAUUAUACUCUAGAGCCUGUAUUAUUUCUCAUAGGAUUUAAUGAUGACAUACUGCAGAAAAUAGAGAAUGCCUUUUUGUCAUCCAACAGAGAAAAAGGCAGUAAUGUAAAAUUUCUGAUUCUCGUAUUUCCAAGUGAAUGCAUACGAACUUCAAGCCACAUAAUAUUUCUUAGUUGCAGUCACUCUGUUGCUGUAAAAUAUCCCAAAUGGGGUGGUGACUAGAGGCUGCAGAGGCUGGAACACAUAGCUGCUUUGAGACAUCCGUUCGAAGGAUGGGAGAGGUAAAGGUGAACAGGAUCAGACCUGUUUUAAUAGCCUCCCUUUGUCAUUGGUUACUUUGGUGUGGAAUGAGGGUAUAAUGUCAGCCACGCUUUCUUUCCUCUGACUACGCAGGACACGGAAGCCUUCAGAUGACCAGUUCUCUGGGGGAGCAAUUACCACUCACUGGCUUCCUGAGCGGCUUGAUAAUGGUCUGCUCUGGUUUUCAGCCGAGCUGCGGCCGGGGCUAUGAUUUGAUAAAAAGAGAUCCUGAUCAAAUUAAAGAGCCAUUUGCUUCUG